GAUUGCGACUGCCAGGUGUUAACACCUAAAUAAAAGCUCACCGUGAGAGCUUAAAAUCUAAGCUUUAGAUGAUCAUUAAUUAGCAUGCAACAAAUUUCACUUAUCAGGUCGUUGAUCGUAACAUUUCCGUUACAAAUUGAUUUUUGCAUGUGUAGCACGAAAAUAGCGUCCCGGGCGUCGCAGCGUACGCGCCGACAGUCGAGACACCAGCGCUGGACGCCUAGCCCGUUCCCCCGUUCCGCCCUAGCACAAAAAUACAUCCGACAUUGCGUGAACUCUUAUCACAUCACCACUCCUUUUGGAAUACAGUGCAGUGAAAUAAAUGUUUGACCUGUGAUGAAAUUAAUCGGAAUGUGAUUUUGAUGUGUAUUUGUUUGGACAAAGUCCAAGUAUAUUAGUGAACCGUAUAAGUGCAAGGUCUGCCCUUAAUUGUCUGCGCGAACAGAAUGAGAUUUUACUAGUCAUGAAUAACGGCACAAGACGAGCCUUAACAGGCUCUAUUCACAAAAUUAGAGAAUUCGAGUUGGAAAAAGUGUGUUUGGUUGAAGAAUUUGACAUACUGCAAAUAGUCGGCGAAGGAUGGUUUGGAAAAAUACUUCUUGUGGAGCACCGAGCUUCCGAUACAGAAAUUGUACUGAAGGCCUUGCCGAAGCCUUACGUGUCCAUACGAGACUUCUACAGAGAGUUCCAUUAUGGAUUACACCUCAGUGCACAUAAAAACAUAGUAACUACAUUCGAUGUUGCUUUUGAGACUGCCGGAUUUUACGUAUUCUGUCAGGAAUAUGCUCCUUUGGGUGACCUCACAUCGAACAUGCUUGACACAGGAAUAGGAGAAAGUCAUACAAAACGAGUAGCGAGACAAUUAUCUUCUGCAUUGGAACAUCUUCAUCAAAGAGAUUUGGUGCAUAGAGAUGUAAAACUUGACAACGUCCUAAUAUUUAAGUCAGAUUUUUCGCGAAUAAAACUAUGUGAUUUUGGAGAGACCAGAAAAGUUAAUUCGUCAGUGCGAAGAAGGAACGAAUGGCUGCCCUAUUCUCCUCCUGAAGUAUUAAAAUUACCCAUGGAUGCCAGUUACAAAGCGUUAAUAACACACGACGUUUGGCAAUUCGGAAUUGUUAUUUUCAUCUGCCUCACGGGUUGCUUGCCGUGGCAAAAGGCGGCUUUUGAUGACCCACGGUAUACAAGCUUUUACAAUUGGUAUAAUAGUUCAAACCCCUUGAAGAAACAACCAAAGCUAUGGAAAAUGGUAUCAUCAAGAGCCCAAAAAAUGUUCAAGAAAUUUGUAGAACCCAGAGAAGACAAGAGAGCCAUUAAUUUCCAAGAAUUGUCAAGGUAUUAUGAUGAUCGAUGGAUGGCUAAAGGUUACACGGAUAGAGUUGCGGGAAGUGACAUAGAUGAACUUUGCCCCUCAAUGUAUAGUUUCCACAGCGAUGUCAAUGAAAAGAAUAUCCUUUUGAAACAUUUCCGAGACAAUGGUAUUGAGACGACAGUUGACCGUCAAGCCAAAAAACAAAGGAUACGCGAUUGGAUUCAGAAUAGUGUCAUUGAAGAAGGGGAUGAAGAUGACGAAGAAAAUCCCGAGCUGAUGUUUGAUGAAGAAACUGACGAAGAACUUCAAGAUACAUCUCGAGGACAUCCAAUUGAUGAAAGUCAUCGAGUUACAUUGCGUUACGAUACUGAAAAACAUAUAAAUCCUAGAACUGGUGAAGUAAUCGAAGGAGUUAAACCUCCACCUGAGAAAAACCCUCUUUCUUAUGAUGUGCAAAACAUUGAACCGGUAGCUCCAGCAAAUGUCGUUCGAAGGUACGGGGUCAAAGAAGAAGGUUCAUCUCAUAGCUCCACAAAAGACAGCGCGUAUGGGUCAAUGGAAGGAAAACUUCUAGGCCAAACAACCCAGUCGUAACACAAAAUGGCUUCAGUCCUGGUCCAAGACAGCAUCAAACGAAACCUCAAGCUUACGUAUCUAUGAAAGAAACAGCGUACGAUAUCGUGCGCAAUGAACCUAGUUCUACGACGGACAAUAACACAAAUUUAACUCAAGCAUUAGUAUCCGAUAGUCCCUAUACUUCAAUGAUGAAUAUUGUUCAGGGUCAAAUUAAAAUUAGUCCACAUGGUAGUGAAUCUAACCGAAAUGUAGUUAAUGUUUCAGUUACCAAUGUUAGUCGUAGUAAAAAGAAAUAAUUGCUCAAGGUGGACUUGUUAUGAAUUGUAUAAUAUAAAUACAGCAAGUGUAUUGUUUAACACAGAUUUACACUUUGAACUGGUUGAUGUAAAUAAUAAAUUGAAGUCUACUCAUUAUAGUUAUUAUAAAUGGUAGUAAGUCACUGACUCGUACAAUAAUGAUUGCCAAAAAACAAGAUUGCAAAAAUACUGGUCACAUUAAUAAUCACUAAGCGUCCCGUUUCGAGUCCCGUUUAUUAAGUUUUCAUGAUUACUUAUGAAUUAUGAUGUAAAAAAUAAAUCACACACUGUAAUAGGCCCUACACUAAGAACACUCCUUUUAAAUGCUUUACCAGAUAAGCGACUACCUAUUUACACAAAAAAAUAUAUAUCCAGGGAUCAAAGCAAACGGCAAACUAUUUGGAAAAAGAGCUAUCUGUAUUUACUACUGUAAUUGGAAUUUUUUAAGAACUCAGUGAAAUAACUUUUCGGAUGAAUUGAAGAGCCACAACAGUACUUCCAAAGAGCUGCAUGUGGCCCGUAAGCCGCAGUUGGACGACCAAAGUUUAACUUGGGAGUUCCUUUUCCAGGUUGGAUAAAAGGCGCUAGACGGAUACUUUUUAAUAUUUUUGUAAAAUGUAUCAGCAGUUUUUCAACAACGGUUAACGUAGGUAUAUUGAUGAUUAAAGGUAGGGAGGAUUUUUCUCAAAAUGUGGUUUAAAAGGAGUAGUUACUGUAUUUAAGAUGUCUUACAGUUUGAAACAUCUGCUAGAAGUGGAACACUUGAGACACUUUUAUAAGCUUAUUGAUAUAUUUAUAACUGACAUUUUGGCAUAACUCUAUUCAAUAUAAUACAAAAUGAAGCACCUAAAGUUCGUAUAAUGCAAAGUUUCAAGUACUUAAUGAGUAUUAUGUUUGCACUCUUUAGAUAUUAGUAGUGCAUUUGUUGAAAAUGUAUAUUUAAUACAAAUUACGUAAAAAGGUCAAAUAAAUAAAAAAUAAUGGUUAUCAAUAUGCUGGCUGUGAUUGAUAUAGUUUUCUUGACGUUUGUUGUGUUGUCAUUAAAAAUAGAAAGUUAUUAGUUCUUCAACGGAUUGCAAUGACGUAAUGUUGUAUACUUAAUUUAAUAGAGAUGUAUUAUUAUUUAAAGAACUACGAUCAAAUUACCAGCUAUUUGACGAUUUAUGGAUAAUGCAUAAGGAAUGUCACCAUAUAUUAUGUACAGUCGAGGAAAUUGAUUCUUUAGCAGGUUGUGGUUCACUUUACACUAGAAAGCUCAAAUUUACUUAAACCGCAAAUUGCUAAAGAAUCAAUUUCCUAGACCGUACAACAAGCAGGUUUCAAAUAAUACCGUUUAAUUAAUUUACAGCGAUAGUUUUGUGUAGGUUAAAAUAAAGACAUUUUAUGUUACUUAUGUAUAAGAAGAUAUUUAUUUAAAUUUUGUAAAUUUUCAAAAUAAAUAAAUAAUUUGC